UUUGUCCCAUUUUUAUUUUGUGGCCGUCGGAGCCGGGCCCGGAGCUUUGGCCCCCACUUGGCCCGACGCGUCCCCAGCGGCGCGACUCCAAACGGUGCCCGUCGACCAGUGACGUCUUUCUUCAACGCCAACGAUUUUCUUUUUUCUUUUUCCGGUUUUCAAGUCACAGAAUUAUCGUCAUUGUUUGAAGUACAGCCCAUGGUCCAGGCCAUCUGCCAAUCAUGGCUUCCCGCAGCAUGGAGACGGAAAUCCUCCAACUAGCCCUCGACGUUGCAGCUGGUACGUAUCAUCCCUCUCUACGAAACCCUAUCGAUGGCUAAUAAUCUCCCUUUUUAGCGGCUAACCUGACACCAAAGAGUCGCGGAACGAGCAUCAAACCUACCGUCGACAAACUCACAUCGCUAUCCUACGAAUAUGGCCUCACGCCAGACGCUCUCCGCGAGGUGCUGCUUGUUGUUUGCAGCGAAAACUACCUCGACCAGGCCAGCCUCAACGGCAUCAUGCGCACACUAUAUCCCGUUGCCAAAGUCUCGCGAGACGAUGUCUUGCUUGUAAUUUCCGCGCUGGGAAACGGAAAAGCGAAACCAUCGCUCACGUUGCAGGCUGCGCUGCUGCGCUGGCUGGUCAUGGUGUACCACGUGUUGGAUGCGCCGGGCGUCCUGGGCCAGGCAUAUCCCGUUUUGUUCAACCUGCUCGACACGGGUGCAUUCCGACCGCAGCUGACGCAUGUUCUUGCGCUGAUAACCAGGAGAAAGCAUGUGCGGCCGUUUCGCAUUCAGUAUUUAUUAAAUUUGACGAGACAGACCGGAAACGACCCCUGCCUGGUCGGCCUACUACGAGUGUAUAAAGAUUAUUACCCCGAAAUUAUCGUUGGCGAAGCAGUUCGCGGUAAAGCGUCUGCCUUUAAACAUCCCGACCCAGCAUGGAGGCAACACUUGGACGAGCUGCAGGAGGCGCAUCUACAAGCGACCCAAGAGCAGAUGACAGGACCGCGCGACGGUUUUCGGAUUAACAAGCAGAUUGGUCGCGUGUCGCGAAACAAAGCCGUCCCCAUAGUGCACACGUCGCACGCCAACGAGGACUCUGUGACACUGGAAGAAGUUGAGAAUGUGAGCAGCUUUGUUCAGAAGAUGGAUAAGCUCGAGAUGCCGAAUCAGCUUGUUGCGGUCCUGGCUGAUCCGCUGCUGCAAAAACUGCUGAUAUUGAGACCCAGUGCAGAGGCUAAUCAGCGUAUUGCGAAUUGGCUGAAUGCCGUUAUGCAGGACAUCAUCGAAGGCGAGGCUGACUAUGCUACGCUGUGGGAGGUAUUGAGCGUCGUUAGGGAUUUUGUCGUUCAAACCAAGUCUCUGCCUCUGCUGGUUCUCAACUUUUUUUCUAGAUUCCUCCAGCUCUGGGAUGGAACAGGAGACCGUCAGUGUAUACUGGCUAUCCUGUCCUUUACCCCUUUUGUCGAAUUCCGAGAAUUGCACAAAAAUGUGCUGGAGCCCUUACAGACAGCAAUGCUCAACGGCAAGGUCGAGACCCAAAUAGACCUCGUGAAGCUGUACACCAACAUCCUACACCACUGGGCCAGCGUACUCAAAGCUGCCAGGCCCUUUCCAGCAAAUGGCGGCAGGAGCAUUACUGAGCUGAUAGAAUCUGCCUCCCGCUUAGCCGUCACCCUUUUGCAAAACUCGCCAACCAUUGCCACACAGUCGGUAGUAUUGGCUCUGUACGAGCAGGCGAUCUGUCUGGCUCGCGAUCUUACAACGGGACAGUAUAUCCGAGUCGAGUUGCCCCCAACUGUCAUCAUCAACCAGCUUCUCUUUUCCAACUCUGUCGCCAUCCUAUCACGAACAUGCUCCUACCUGUUUCAGGCUCGUCAGACGAUAAAGAAAAAUGUUGAAUCAACACGGGCAUCAUCAGCGAACAGCUCAAUGAUGGUAUCAACAGCAUCCUAUCCCAAAACAUACGUGGCUCGACUCAACAGCCAUGUGGCUGAUGCUUGCAACUUUCUCUGGCGCUGGCGAGCAUUCAACACCGCCGGCGGCGCCAAGGGAGCUUCCGUACCUACUGAAACAGUCGAAGCGCUACAGCGAUAUAUCCGAACCGUCGAUAAUACAUUCACUUUGGCUUCGAUUGCAUCGUUCUCCUACUCGCCUAUUCUUUGCAAAAUCAGCAUAGAUUGCAUGCGACGGCUCGAAGACAAAGAGAUUGCGAAUAACCCGGAUAUCGAAACUAGACACCCAGGUCCAGUUACCGCAGCCGGCUUGACACGCCUCGCUCGUGGCGGUGGCAUCAAGCUCGAUUGGGAAAAGUACCAGACCAGUGUCAUUGAGGCACUUGACAAGCAGGGGUUCACGGGCAUUGGCGAACUACUCCGCGGAGUCCUAGCGACAUUCAGAAACAAAAAUGGCUGAGAUCUGAAAUUAGAAUCAUCACAAAUGAAAGGAACGCAAGUUUUCUGCCCGCACAGGGGCUGGUGUCAAGAAUAUAUUGAUUGACGGCAGCUAGUGGUACCGUGGUGUUGUCCCGUUGAGAUGGACUCGAACAUAUCUGCUAUGCCCAUUGGUUGAAAUACAGGGUAUCGAAGAAUAAAAAAAAGAAGCCGCGCUUUUAAUGUUGAAAACCCAAGCAUAAAGACAUCCGCGCCGGAUGGCCUCAAGAGCAAGACGAUGCAGAGUUGAGACUGCCAAUGUCUGCAGCCACCGCUGCCGCGGGAACAAGAAUGGAAGAGGAAUGCAAAAACAACAAAACCAAAAACGCCAAAUGAGCACCGGAUCGUUGAAUGGUGCGUCGCUGCACAAAACCAGUUUGCCAGCUAUGAAUGUUAAAGCAUCGAACGCCGAAUGAAGAUGCAAGCUGUUGGGUUCUGUGCCAACUACUUUGGACGUACUCCCCCUCCGAACAAAUGAGACCAAUCGACGCAACGCCCCUAAAGAAAAGGCGUGUCAAGAACGAAACAAAGGAAAUCAUCAGCCUCGGAAAAAGUCCAGUCUAGUUGGCUUUGGGCUUGGACUCAUCGCCGUAGCCGCCAAUCUUGAUGCCGCCAAAGCCAUAUGUCUUGCCCUCGGGACCACGGUUCAUCUUGCUGCGCGGGCCACGCUCCUUGAGGUCACUCUUGAGCCAAGCCAUGACGAGUUCACCGAGACGAGAGUUGCCGGUAGGACCGACGGUGCCGUCAAUGGUGGCGAGCAUCUUAUCGGCGGUAUCCCACUCCUUUACGGUACCAAGAUGCAUGUGCACAAGAUGGGUGGGCCAGCCUGCCAAGUUGUCGAGAAUGUGCGUGGCGUAGACAAUGGUGCACUCGCGGUUCUCCGUCUCACGCUUGAGCCAGUUAAGGAACUCGGCGCGCGACAGGACAUCCAAGUCGACAGUGAUUUCGUCGAGGAAGAGCACGGUCCAUGGGCGAAGCAGUCCCAUGGCGAGCUGCACACGGCGGCGCUCACCGUCAGACACGGCGUGCAUGCGCCAGUUAAUGUCAAUGUCCAGCAUCUCGACAAGCUCAUCUCGGCGCUCGGGGUAUGCGUCGCCGCCGACGGAGGACAGCAAGUCCGUGACACCAAUGUCGUUGCGGACAAUGGGGUUCAGCACCCACUCGAGACCGAGGUAUGUCACGCCCUCCAGGCCGACCUUGAAGGGGUCGACGCCGCAAAUGGAGAUUGUGUCACUGGGAGCAAGACGCUUACCGGCAAGAAGACGCAGAAGAGUCGUCUUGCCAGCACCAUUGGCUCCAAUGAGCAGCGUUCGCGAGCGGGGAGGAAGAUCGAGCGAGAUGUUGUGGACACCGGUCGAGUAGUCGGGGAAUGUGUAGGAGAGAUUCUUGACCUCGACAGAGGGCGGGAGCUGUUGCUUGGACGGCAUGGCAGGCAGAUUAUUGGCGGGCUUAGAAAAGAGAAAAGAGGGUUUAAUGGUGAUGGUUGGAAGGUUGUCAAAGGAAAGGCUGCCGACGGAGUUUGUGCGGGGGAGUCAUCACUAGGAGAGUGGGGGGGCCCUUUUUCUUUCUGUCGCGUGGUUUAGUGGGGGACUUUUGUGCGGGAGCUACCGAAUAAUGGAAUUGUAAUCAACGAAGUAAUGUUUAUUAAUGAGAAUGAAUUGAUUCACA